CAAGGCCUGAGUAUUAUGUCUUCAUCGGGCAAGUCGAGGGUGCGCGGCAUUGUUUUGGAGCCAUGGCGGCGACUGUGUCAGAGCGAGACCAAUGCCUGUCAGAUUACCGCCGCAGACUGAUAGAACACCGGGAAGUGGACUCAAAGCUCAGGAAGCUACGAGAAGAGAAGAAAGAGUUGGACAAGCAGUAUGACAAGAGUGAGAAUGACCUCAAGGCCUUGCAGAGCGUGGGGCAGAUUGUUGGGGAGGUACUCAAGCAGCUCACUGAGGAGAAGUUUAUUGUAAAGGCUACUAAUGGCCCUCGCUAUGUGGUUGGCUGUAGGCGACAGCUUGACAAGGGAAAGCUAAAGUCGGGGACACGUGUUGCACUGGACAUGACCACCCUGACCAUCAUGAGGUACCUGCCCCGGGAGGUUGACCCACUGGUGUACAACAUGAGCCACGAGGACCCUGGUGAUGUCACCUACAACAAGAUUGGUGGGCUGGCGGAGCAGAUCAGAGAACUUAGGGAGGUGAUAGAGCUCCCCCUCCUGAACCCAGAGCUCUUCCACCGUGUGGGAAUCAACCCUCCAAAGGGCUGCUUAUUGUAUGGUCCACCAGGCACAGGCAAAACACUGCUGGCCCGAGCUGUGGCCUCCCAGCUGGACUGCAACUUCCUUAAGGUUGUGUCCAGUGCUAUUGUUGACAAGUACAUUGGUGAGUCUGCUCGACUGAUCAGAGAGAUGUUCAAUUACGCCCGGGAUCACCAGCCGUGCAUCAUCUUCAUGGACGAGAUUGAUGCCAUUGGAGGGAGGCGGUUUUCUGAAGGCACCUCAGCCGACAGAGAGAUUCAGCGAACACUUAUGGAAUUGUUAAAUCAGAUGGAUGGUUUUGAUUCUUUAGGACAAGUCAAAAUGAUUAUGGCCACCAAUCGUCCUGACACCCUGGAUCCAGCCCUUCUCCGUCCUGGUCGUCUUGACAGGAAGAUCGAGAUUGCCCUUCCCAACGAGCAGGCUAGGCUGGAAAUUCUCAAGAUCCAUUCAGGGCCCAUCACAAAGAGAGGAGAGAUUGAUUAUGAAGCUGUAGUAAAACUCUCCGAUGGCUUCAACGGCGCAGAUCUACGAAAUGUUUGCACUGAAGCUGGACUUUUCGCCAUCCGGAAUGAGAGAGACUAUGUUAUUGAAGAAGACUUCAUGAAAGCCGUGCGUAAAGUCUCUGACAACAAAAAGCUGGAGACCAAAUUGGAUUACAAGCCUGUUUAAAUUAUUUUUAAAUAAUAAUUUCAGCAGCUUAGUUUUAUAUGUGAACUAGACAUAUGUAUGGACUUCUAAUAGUUGUCCAAUUCUUAUCUUUUUACUUUGUACAUCAUGAGCAGGAGGUCUUCAAGAUAUAUUUUCCUUGGUACUGCAGGUUCAUUAAUUUACUUGCUUUAGUGUUUGUUAAACAAUAAAUAAUAAAAAAAAUAUGCUAUAUUUUAAUGAGAAUAUCAUAUUGGAUCUUUGGUCUUGCCAUACCCAUAACUGCAUGUGAAUCCCCAAGGAGUGUAAUGAUAGAAAAGAGACUAACCAGGAAGAUGUUAUGAUAGGGAAUUGCCUUCUUAGCUCUGUCACACAAAUUGUAGGAUCAUCAGCAGAUAAUGCAUUUACUUGCUGUUAGCAGGAACACAAUUCUCAUUAGUAAAUGUGGGGUCCAAGGUUUGUCUACAGACAACAGACUUAUCUCAAACCACUGCAAAGUGUCUGAUGAUUGCCCAUAUACUCUGUUAACAGUAACUAUGAUUGCAACAUUAAAAAUAAGCAUACA